CUUCCGGCCGCGGUUCCCCGGUGUGCGUCGCGGCGUGGAAAUGCCAGGCCGUGGGGUGCGCGCCGACGAUCGCGCCGCGCCGGUGUCCGCGCCCACGGCGACUGCACACAGCGAGGCCCUGGGCAACAAGAUUAAAGUGCAAAAAAUCAUUGUGGAUGAACUCUCUAACCUGAAGAAGAAUCGGAAAGUGUACAGGCAGCAACAGAACAGCAACAUAUUCUUUCUUGAAGAUCGAACAAACAUGCUUUCUGAAAGCAAAAAUACAUUGGAUGAGCUAAGAAAAGAAUACCAAGCCUUAGAAAACUCGGAGACGACCAAAAUCAAGACCCAGUCGCCCUGACUUCACAGCCAUGUGCGGCAUCUGCUGUUGUGUAGGCUUCUCUGUUGAGCACUUCAGUAACGAGUUAAGAGAGGAUUUGCUGCGCGGCCUUAGGCGACGGGGUCCCGAUAGCAGCAAGCAGUUGUUAAAAUCUAGUAUUAACUAUCAGUGUUUGUUUUCCGGUCAUGUCCUUCACUUGAGAGGUGCUUUGACUGCCCAGCCUGUGGAAGAUGAGAGUGGCAACGUGUUCCUA